CCAUCCCCGAGAGCACCCUUAUAAAUAUCCUUCUCUCCUAAGAAAACCCAUCUCUACGCGGAAAGAAGCCAUGAGGAAGGAAGAGCUUGAUUUCGUCUUGGUCCCCGUGGGCCUCAUCGUUAUGGUGUCCUACCAUCUAUGGCUCCUGUACCGUAUCCUCAAACACCCCACCUCCACCGUCAUAGGAAUCAACGCCAUCAAUCGCCGCAUCUGGGUCCAUACCAUGAUGGAGGAUCGUCUCAAGAGUGGAGUUCUUGCGGUGCAAACGCUGAGGAACAAUAUCAUGGCGUCGACACUCCUGGCGACGAUGGCGAUCAUGCUGUGUUCGUUGAUGGCAGUGUUGAUGACGAACAGCAACGGCGGCUACCGCGGCCUCCGGGGGAAGGAUUUCGUGCUGGGCGACACGAGCGAUCUCGCGCUCUCGGUCAAGUUCUUCUCCAUCCUCAUCUGCUUCCUGCUGGCUUUCCUUCUCAACGUGCAGUCGAUUCGGUACUACAGCCAUGCCGGCAUUCUCAUCAACGUGCCGGCGAGGAGCCAGCGGGCGGCGCAGGGCCUCGCGGCGGGGUACGUCGCCAGGGCUCUGAACCGAGGGAGCUAUUUCUGGUCUCUUGGCCUCAGAGCUUUGUACUUCUCCGUCCCUAUGUUUCUCUGGCUCUUUGGCCCUGUGCCGAUGCUGGCUAGCUGCUUGUUUCUGGUCUUUACGCUAUAUUUCCUCGAUGUGUACUCGGGUUGGGGGGAGAAGGGGGAGGAGGAGAAGGGGGAGGAGGAGGAGGAGGAGGACCGGGGGGUUCAUGGACGGUGCUGAGGACAAGUGGCACCUCGAGGUGCAGAUCCGGAUUCAACGCUUGUUGAAUCCUUCUAAUAACAAGUGCCAUGUAGUGCGUAAUCUUGGUAAACUCGUUGCCAAAUAAAUGCUGUCCUUUCAGAGUGGCAGACUAGUUACCU